UGGGGACGGGGGCGGCGUGGGUGGGGGUAGUGACUUGGACGCCGUCACUUGUUGCGACCAAUAAGCGGUGCAACAAGGGGCGCGGAAGUCCCUAAAAUCCUCCUCCGCUGGGGUCCCGGCCUCCCCGAGCCCGCGCCCCUCUGCCCCGCGCCCAGUCCCGGCUGCAGAGCGUCUUCCUGACGGGGACAGCGCGCGGAACGCCACCCACCGCGCUCGUCACCUACUUACACAUCGCUGUCGCCAGGAUUCCCGCCACUCCUCUCGGGCCAGCCCCCCCACCCGCCACUUUUCGGAGUCCCCCGCCCCUGUCCCUACCUCCCGGGAGCGGCGGGCCAGUCGGACACGGAGCCGCCCAGCCGCGAGGACGCCUAGCUGCGGCUGUCCCCCGCAGCCGACCCGCGCCCCCUGCCCUCUCCGCGGCGCUGGGCGGGCGCCCCCAGCCCCGCGCCCCGCGCUCCUCCCGCGGUCCGCGAGCGCCGCCGCCCAUGGGGUGCAGAGGGGCCGGCGCGAUGCGGCAGCUGUGCCGGGGCCGCGUGCUGGGCAUCUCGGUGGCCAUCGCACACGGCGUCUUCUCGGGCUCGCUCAACAUCCUGCUCAAGUUCCUCAUCAGCCGCUACCAGUUCUCCUUCCUGACGCUGGUGCAGUGCCUGACCAGCUCCACCGCGGCGCUGAGCCUCGAGCUGCUGCGGCGCCUGGGGCUGGUGGCCGUGCCCCCCUUCGGCCUGCGCCUGGCGCGCUCCUUCGCGGGGGUCGCCGUGCUCUCCACGCUGCAGUCCAGCCUCACGCUCUGGUCGCUGCGCGGCCUCAGCCUGCCCAUGUACGUGGUCUUCAAGCGCUGCCUGCCCCUGGUCACUAUGCUCAUCGGCGUCCUGGUGCUCAGGAACGGCGCGCCCUCGCCGGGGGUGCUGGCCGCCGUGCUCAUCACCACCUGCGGCGCAGCCCUGGCAGGAGCCGGCGACCUGACAGGCGACCCCAUCGGGUACGUGACGGGCGUGCUGGCCGUGCUGGUGCACGCCGCCUACCUGGUGCUCAUCCAGAAGGCGAGCGCCGACACCGAGCACGGGCCGCUCACGGCGCAGUACGUCAUCGCCGUCUCCGCCACCCCGCUGCUCGUCGUCUGCUCCUUCGCCAGCACCGACUCCAUCCACGCCUGGGCCUUCCCUGGCUGGAGGGACCCGGCCAUGGUCUGCAUCUUCGUGGCCUGCAUCCUGAUCGGCUGCGCCAUGAACUUCACCACGCUGCACUGCACCUACAUCAACUCGGCUGUGACCACCAGCUUCGUGGGCGUGGUCAAGAGCAUCGCCACCAUCACCGUGGGCAUGGUGGCCUUCAGCGACGUGGAGCCCACCUCCCUGUUCAUCGCCGGCGUCGUGGUGAACACCCUGGGCUCCAUCAUUUACUGUGUGGCCAAAUUCAUGGAGACGCGAAAGCAAAGCACCUACGAGGACCUGGAGACGCAGCCAGGGGGCGAGGGGGCGCAGCCAGGUGGAGGCCAGCUGCCAUUCCUCAUGGAGGAGCUGCCCGGGGAGGGCGGAAACGGAGGUGCAGAGGGUGGGGAGGCGACAGGUGGCUCGGGUCGGCAGACUGGGCCGGCGGCGAGGGGCAGCCCCAGGGGAGUUCUGCUGGAGGCCAGGAGCGCACAGAUCCCAGCCGGCGCCGAAGAAGUGAGCAAGAGGUCAUUAAAAGAUGCUUAUCUCGGGGUGUGGAGAUUAGUUAGGGGGACCAAGUAUAUGAAGAAGGAUUAUUUGAUAGAAAACGAGGAGUUACCCAGCCCUUGAAGGGGAGGUGCAUGUAUGGCCAUCUGUACAGGCACUCGUUUCAUGUGUUACAGGUAACAGGUGUUUUGAUGAGCGUCUGCCCAGUUUGGGAGUUGAGGACUGGGGAAGGGAAAGCAAAGAAAAAAGCUGCAGGGACUUCCGGGAGCACAAUGAGCACCUGAGUGAAUUAUUGAGGGUGACCUUACCUGAGGCAUCACAGAGACAAAAGGAUGUGAAAGUCCUUAAAACAAGGCAGUGGCUUCAGCUUCAGAUCCUGGCACAUUUAUUUCCUGUCUUUAUAAACAUAACCGAAUAUCUGCAUGUACCAAGGGUCGUCCAAGUACCCCCCUCCAAAGACGGAGAGUAGAAAUUAUGGCAGCACUGAAUAAACUCGGGAAUUACAUUCAGGGGACAUUUUUGAUGACAGAACUACCGUUUUGAUCGCCAGCUGGAAAAAGAGUAUAUUGUUGCAUAUAAUGAAUGAUGUUGCAUAUAAAUAUACUGAAUUGAUGUCUACUGUUACAGUUAAUCUGAAAUGUUUAAUUUUUUUUCACUUGUUUUUAAAAUGUGUGCUCUACUACUCUAGUAUAUAUUGGUAGAAAAAUGUUAAAGCUAUUUGAAAAUAUGAGUUCUGAGCAUUAAUCCUGAAGUUUAAUGUUUACUUUUAUUAAUUAUAAGAAUAUUUUCGAUGUUGUUUUAGUUCAUUGCUUUGUAAUAUUUAUUAUUGAAGGCCAUGACCUUUUAAAACCACUUUUACUGGGUCCAACAUUCUUCCAAGCAAAAGCAAGGGUUGAAAUCUAAUCGGUAUUAACUGAAGUCCAGCCAGAAGAAAGACUAUUCUGAAAAGUAGACUCUCUCUCAACUUGCACUGCUCACCCCAAACCAUGCCACAAAAAAGAGUAACAGCUAUAUUCACAUUAUGAUAUUUUUCUAUAUUAAAUUUGCCAAAAUAAAGUAUGAGUCUAUCUGUUAAAAGAUAAUGUUGUUGCAAAUUUGUUUGAGACACAUUUAAGUUCCCUUGUUGCCGUAUUCUUUGUUUGUCUGCAGUGAGUGAUGUACAGUAU